AUGCUCGUGGAUGAUGGGGAAAUAGCAGGUCCAGCCCCCCAAAAGACCCAAGUUACCGACUUUGUGAAGAAUUGGCGGCGCAAAACCCCCAAGAACAGCUUGGCACCACUCAUUUCGCUAUGUGAUGGCCACCUCUACGACCAACACAAUUUGGAGGAGCUACCGGACACCGAAAUGGUGAUUCUGUGCGAUUCUCAGCAGGCCUCCACACCCGGGGAAACUGGUGUGGUCUCCCAACUUGGCGAUGGCUCCAAA